AUGAGGCACGACUUGGAGUGGAACUCCGAGACUCAGACCACCAACCUCGAAGUAAGCCUGCCGCUUCAAAAUCAACACCUCGGGCCACCCUCCGUUAAACUAUCCUCCAAAGUGACAUCUUAUCAUACCAGCGACCCGGACGCAGACCUGAACACCAAGCCAGAGAUCUGGCAGAACGUUGGCCGCGAGUUUGCCACCCAAGAACUAAAGAGCCUGAAAAGAAGCAUCGUCGCGAUGGCGCUAAGUCGGGUUGAUGGGCAUGACGAGCUCUACGUGGGCGGCAUCUGGGCUCUGCGCCGCUCCGACUCGCUCGCUGAGCGUCACAUCACGCAUGUCCUGUCCAUGGUGGGGUUCAACCAGUCGAGUCUUAAAAACUUCAAGGACGAGCCGUGGACGCACUAUGGUCGCAACUACGAGCACCUCGUCAUCGACAUUGACGAUGUAGACGAUACUGAUCUUCUGAUCGAGCUUCCCCGUGCGGUCAAGUUCAUCGACGGCGGAUUACGAGCAGGCCGUGCUAUAGCGACCAAGUCAGCAUUGGGGAUCAAGACGAUUGAAGAAGGGCUCGAGGCUCUAGACGUAGAGUCUUCUUCCGCGGCCAAGGGGUCCGAGGCGGUGCCCGGCGGUGUCUUUGUGCAUUGUGCCGCAGGAAAGUCCCGCUCCGUGGCUGUUGUAAUAGCGUAUCUGCUGUGGCGGCAUCCUAACCUUUUCGACCCUAACAUUGUCGGGAGUCGGAAUGGGAAGCUGGACGACGCGCCACCGUCAAACGAGCCGCGCUCGCGACGCCAGACGGCUCACGAGACAUUACACGCGGCAUUGACCCAUGUACAGCGCACGAGACCCAUGGCCGAGCCCAAUGAUGGAUUCAUGAGUCAACUCGAGCUGUGGUGGGAGAUGGGCUGCCCUGUCGAGGGUGAUAUUGAGCAGCACCCACUAUACCAACGAUGGGCGUAUCAUCGAGAAGUGGAGGAGAAUGUGGCCGUAGGUCAGGCACCGCCACGCUUACGCUUCGAGGAUGAGGUGGCCGCCGGCGACAAGACCAACGAGCUGGGAGGUCUGAGUCUACGAUCCCUGUGCCAACAUCACUUCAUCGAGCCGUUGGGCUGGAUGCGGAGCGAGCUCGAAAAGGGCGAGCUCAAUGGGCGACUGCAAUGUCCCACGCCACGGUGCGGCGCUGGAGUAGGCAGAUACGACUGGAAAGGGUUCAAGUGUUCGUGUGGCGCGUGGGUGACACCGGCCUUCUCGCUGCAAAAGGGCAGGGUGGAUGAUGUUGUAGUUAGGAGUCCAGCCACCACCACGAGUGACGCGGCGCGAAAGCAGAGCUUAGGGAUACGCAUGCCGCCAGGAGUUCGAGAGGUCAAUCUGUGA